UAAGUUCGGCAAAUUCGGCAAUUUGCGUUUGCGAUUUCGUUUCGUCGCCUUUGACGGAUUUAAUUCAAACACAGAUUCCAUUUAUUUAUUACUUAGCUUUUAAGAAAUUAAGAAAUAAUUUAUAUUAACCUGCCUUAUAGAAUCAUUAUACAUGAUGGCGUCACCAUCUCCCAAAUCGCCAGAGCAAAGCGAGAAGAAUAAACAAUAUGAUCGUCAACUCCGCUUGUGGGGUGAUCACGGACAGUCUGCACUUGAAAAUUCUCAUGUUUGCUUGAUAAAUGCAACGGCAUUAGGUACAGAGAUCCUUAAAUCUAUCGUUUUACCCGGCGUCGGUGCAAUCACAAUUGUAGAUGAUUCUACAGUAAGUGAAGAAGAUAUUGGUUCCAACUUUUUCUUAGAACACUCAAGCAAAGGUUUGAACAGGGGCUCGGAAUCUCUUCGGCUUUUGCUGGAACUUAAUUCAUCUGUACAAGGUCAUGCCGUACAAGAACCUCCAGAUCAAAUACUCAAGGACAAUGCUGAUUUCUUCAAAACUUUUAGUGUAGUGAUAGGAACAGCUCUUGGAGAGAAGACCAUCCGAGAUUUAUCACAACAUUUGUGGGAUAUCAAUGUGCCUUUCAUAUUAUGUCGGUCUGUGGGCUUUUUGGGGUCAUUUAGAAUUCAAAUUAAAGAGCAUGCAGUUGUAGAGAGUCACCCUGACAAUGAACAACCAGACUUGCGUUUAGAUGUACCUUUUCAGUCACUGUCAGAUUACUUAAAUAGUUUUGAUAUUGAUACUGUUGAUUUGAAAGAUCAUGGCCAUAUACCUUGGAUUGUAAUUUUACACAAAGCAGUCCAAAAAUGGCAAUUAAGGAAUCCAAAAUGCUGGCCCAUGAGUAGAAAAGAAAAGGCUGAAAUUAAAACUAUAAUAGAAGAAUUCAUAAGGAAGGAUGAAAAUGGUAUACCUAUAAAUGAAGAAAACUUUGAUGAGGCGCUGAAGGCUGUGAACACUGCUUUAGUCCCAACCUUUUUACCUGUUAAAAUUCAGGAACUUUUAUAUAGCAGUGCUGCUACUAACUUGACUAAAGAAAGUGCUCCAUUCUGGAUAAUUUGUUCAGCUUUGCGAAGCUUUAUUGAAGCUGAAGGAAAGGGCAAGUUACCAGUGAGAGGAGUGUUACCAGAUAUGACUGCCUCCACUGAACAUUACAUCAAACUCCAAAACAUCUACCGAGCUCAAGCCGCAAUGGAUGCUGAAGUAGUUUAUAGGAAAGUACAGCAAAUAGUGUCUCAACUACACUGUGAUAGUAUCAGCGAGAAUGAAGUCAAACUGUUUUGCAGGCACGCCAAUGAUUUGCAUUUGAUAAAGGGCUCCAAUAUUGCUACGGAGUACCAGUUAGGGGGCUCAGUUUCAGCUUACAUCGCAAGAUAUCUGGAGGAGCCUGAUGUCAUGAUGGUUCAUUAUGUGAUGCUCAGAGCAGCAGAAGCUUUCCACUCCGAACAUUGUAGGCCUCCCGGAGACUGGGAACCUGAAGCUGACAUAGCUAAACUGAAGUCAUGCGUGUCUAAACUACUUAGUGACAUCUCCUGCAAUCCUUUUCCAAAAGAUGAUCAUAUUCAUGAAAUGUGUCGGUACGGAGGUGCAGAAAUACAUAGUGUGGCUGCAUUUUUAGGUGGCUGUGUUGCUCACGAGGCUAUCAAAAUAGUAACAAGACAGUAUAAGCCAGUGAACAAUACAUUUAUUUAUGAUGGGGCAUCAACAAAUACAGCUACUUUUACUUUCUGAAUGCUUAAAUUUGAAUAAAACAUGUGAUUUGGUAAUAUUG